AUGUCGCUAUUACAGAGGGUUACUUCCAAUGAGACGCUGUCUCCGGAGAGGGGGAGAUCGCCCACGAGCUCUCAUUCUCACAGAGAUCGCAAGCUGAGCUUCAGUCCGCUGCCUGGAUCCUGGGUCGCGCCUGCUGUGGAAGACAACGUACAGCAGGCUAUUGGAGCUUUCGAGGUGCCUAAGAGCAAGAGGAUUCUACAAGUCUUCGCCGCAGUAAUCUACUGCCUGUUCGCCGCCGGAAUCGUUUUCGGAUAUGCAGCAAUCAAGCCCGUCCUGAUCCGCGAACACGUAUACCGGAAUCUCUGCACGAAAGAAGAAUUAGAAGAGGGUGUACGGACAUGUUACGACCAGGAAAUACACCUGAAUUUGAUGUUCACGGUCGCAGCUGUGGGCACAAAUGUCGCAGCUCUACCUAUUGGAGCAAUUUUGGAUACUCUUGGACCUAGAGUUUGUGGAAUCAUUGGGAGCUUUUUGCUCGCGAUUGGAGCUGUGCUUUUUGCUUUUGCAUCGGAAGUAAAGUUCGAUGCUUAUAUUCCUGGCUAUCUAUUCUUGGCUCUGGGAGGUCCAUUUGUGUUCAUUUCCUCAUUUCAACUUUCGAAUACGUUUCCCAAACACUCUGGACUUAUCCUGGCACUCCUCACUGGAGCUUUUGACUCGUCGUCAGCAGUAUUCUUGAUUUAUCGCAUGAUCUACCAGUGGAGCAACGGCUCCUUUUUCCCGAAGAAAUUCUUUUUGGCCUACCUGGUUGUUCCGCUCCUUAUCCUCAUCGUGCAGAUACUCCUCAUGCCCAAAGCUUCUUACAAGACUGUCGGUGAGCUUGUAAAACAGGUCGAAGAUGCAGAUACCAACUACGAUGACCAAGUGGACGAACACACAGCUCUGCUGCAAGACGAAAGACGGCAGGAUCGCCAAUCCGUCGUUUCCGAGAUCACAGAUCUUUUAGGCUCAAAAUCAGGAGGAAAGCAAAUCCAGCAGGAGGAGCGCAAGCAGGCCAUUUCUGGUGUCUGGGGUGCAAUGCACGGAAAGACUGUAACGCAACAGAUUCUCUCACCCUGGUUUCUCCUCAUCACCCUAUUCACCGUUAUUCAAAUGACCCGCAUCAAUUUCUUCGUUGCGACCAUCCGACCCCAAUACGAAUAUCUGCUUUCAUCCUACGAUAAAGCAGUAGAGAUCAACACCUUCUUCGACAUCGCUCUUCCACUUGGAGGAAUCCUUUCUAUCCCCUUCAUUGGAUUAGUAUUAGACAACACAAGCACGUUCUUCGUCCUCAGCGCUCUCGUAACAAUUGCUACUACUAUUGGCGUACUAGGCUGCCUACCAUAUACUUGGGCAGCAUACGCCAACAUAUCACUCUUCGUCCUCUAUCGACCCUUCUACUACACCGCAGUAUCAGACUACUCGGCCAAAGUUUUCGGCUUCCGCACCUUCGGCACAGUCUACGGACUCAUCAUCUGCCUCGCUGGCCUAUUCAAUUUCAGCCAAAGCGGCCUAGAUGCACUGCUUCAUAAAGUAUUCAAUGGGAAUCCACUCCCCGUUAAUCUUAUCUUGCUAGGCAGUGCGUUGGUGGUGGGUAUUGCUCUCUGUGUCUUUGUAGGGGUGAAGGCGUAUAGGUUUGAGAGGUUAGGGCUGGAGCAGGAAGCUGAGGCUGCUAGCGAGGUCAUUAUGCCAGGCGCAGAGAUCCCGGAGCGUCUUUGA